AUGCUCAAAAUUAUAUUCGAAAACCCUUGGGUUUCACUCGCCUCCGUCUUCGGGGUUUUCACUUGCUACUUGCUCUUGAACUCCUACCGAGAACGUAUCCAUAUCCAACGCCUAGGCUCUCUACCUCCACGGGCCCCAUUCUAUCUGCCGUUUGGUCUUGAUAUUGCCUUCCGCGGCUUGUAUACAACCUACAAACAUGAGGAUCUAAAUCUCUGGACCUGGCUCUUUUCCCACAGUCCAAACAAAAGCUCUCCCACAGUGGAAACGUACAUCGGUCGACAACGGUUCAUCUUCACUGCAGACCCCGAGAAUAUCAAAGCAAUUUUAGCAACGCAGUUCCAGGAUUAUGGCAAAGGAAAAUCUUUCCAUGAAGAUUGGAAGCACUUCCUUGGCGAUGGCAUCUUCAAUAGCGACCAUGAGAAUUGGCACGCAAGCCGUCAGCUCAUCCGGCCGCAAUUCGUGAAGGAACGCAUGCGGGAUCUAGACAUUUUCGAGAAACAUGUGCAGAGCGUCAUUGUAAGACUUGGCGGACAAGGUCAAGAGGUUGACGUAGCGGCACUUUUCUACCGCUACACCCUCGAUGGAGCAACCGACUACCUUCUUGGUCAAAGUGUCGACAGUCAAGACAAUCCGCAGACUGACUUUGCUGAGAGUUUCAACGAGGUACAGCGUUUCCAAAGCCAGGUAGCUAGGGUGGGCCCACUCAAUGUGCUGCUUCCACGAAACUCUUUCUGGCGUGCUCUCAAGCGCAUCAAUACCUUUGUGGAACCAUACGUGGAGCAAGCCCUGCGUAUGAACCUCCAAGAUUUAAAACAACUUUCGAACCAGUCUUUCCUUCAAGCUGUCGCCGCAACAGGGACACGAGACAGGAAAGUCAUCCGAGACCAAUGCGUCAACAUUCUAUUGGCUGGUAGAGAUACAACAGCUGGGACACUGAGCUUUCUUUUCAUGGAAUUAUCCAAACACCCUGAGAUGAUGGCGAAAUUGAGAAAGGAGAUAUUAGAGAAGGUUGGAAAUUUUAAGAGACCAAGCUACGAGGAUUUGAAGAGUAUGCCUUACUUGAAGAAUGUGAUGAAUGAGGUGUUACGAUUGUACCCUAGUGUACCAUUCAACGUAAGUUUACAACGGGAGGAUCUGUCGAGCAGCCAGAGCUGA